AUGUUUACUUCUCCUCUAUCAACUCGACAAGCUGAGAUAUAUAGAGAUGGCACUUCUUCAGCUAGGAGGAGAUUUUUACUUGGUGAAAAGAGGCCUCCUUUCGAACUUAGACUUGAAACUUUGUUCGAUUUGGAAGAAAAUGUAACUGAUUACGCAUCAAUUUCAGGUGCUUCUGUCAAAGUAAUCGGAAAGUCUACAUUAAUUCAUUCAUAUAUACCUGACCAUCCAAUCAAAUUGACCUCACCUGUUAUGAUUAUUAAACCUAUUAUAGAUACUUCCCAUUUUAUUAUGAUAGAUGAAAAAUUAUCGGCUUACAUUAUAUGUCCUACUGGAAAAGUUGUACCAAUCCCAAAUACUACAACAUUCCAUCAAUCUGGUGUACAUUAUGCUUUUAUUAACAACAAAUUAUUAAUUUUCAUAUCGACAAACGUAUGUACAAUUAAAAUCUUCGAAGUUACACCAGCAGGUCACUCCAUAAGAAUUAAUUUGAAACAAGAAUGGGAAAACGUUUUGCCAAACAACUCAUGUAUUACAACAUUUCAAUACGGUGAUCAAUGGUAUAUAGCAGCGUCUGAUUUUAUUGAAGCCUAUUUCGCCCAAUUCGAUCCAGAAACUUUUAAUCCUCCUAAAUUUUAUCCAAUUGCCACAGUAAUCAAAUUAUACUUAAACAAAUCGCAGAUGAUUCUACAAUUUGUUUAUUCUAACUCAACACACAUUGUUUGGAUUAGAUUUGAUAUGAUUUUGAUUAUUCCUAUUUCUUCAUUAGUUACUAGAACAACUACAGCACGCACAAUAUCUAUACCUAUGAAGCAAAUCACUCAAAUCAUCAAAACUCAAACAACCGAUCUUUUUACCACAAAAAGUUUAAUUCCUGUUGUUAUUACAAAACGCCAUGUUGUUUUGGUCACUUACUACUCUCCAUCAUCUCCUCGUGAGGUCGAUACCAUUAUUGGAGUUUGUUUGGAAAACGGAGAAAUUGCAAGUGUCAAAAACUUGAAUUUUAUUAAUCCAAAGUCGAUAUACCAAGGUCCAACGAAAACCACCUUUACAAUUAUUGCUAAACAAGGUGCUUUUUACGUUGAUUUUUCUAAUGAAUCUUCACCAACAACAGUCAAAUCAGUAAACCUUUUGAAAAGCCCUGCAAUUGAGAGAUACGAACCAAACACUUAUGUUUCUGCAGCUGAAAUUCUUCUUACAUUGUUGGAUUCUAACAGAAUGACAAAUGUCUCAAAAAUGAUAGCGAAAAUCAUGCAAUCUAAAAAUUGUACGCCACAACAAUUGAUUGUAUUACAAUAUUUGAUAGACGAAAUCGAUAUUUUGAGUGCUUGUUCUCGAAAUAAUUUGAAUAUCAAUUAUAUACCAAAGAGAUUCAUUGAAAACUGUACAGUUGACUAUCUCCAGAAGGUUCUUUAUGCAUUGACAAUGCGUGCUUUCUCUCCUGCUGUUGAAUCAGUUCUAAAUCCAAAAUUUAAUGAAAAUUGGUCGGAUACACCUACAGCAAUUCGCUUAGAUAUCAAAUCAAAACAUUUUACAGAAGCAAUUCCAAAGAUUCUUUCUAUGAAAGCGGAAAUUUUCCUUCCAGAAAUUUGUAUAAAGUCACCAAUGACAUUUGUUUCAUCUUUAUUACAAUGGACAACGACCAACCAAUUAUUCGCAUCACGAAUUAUCCCAACUACGUUCCCUUUUAUCGUUCAGAGAAUUGGAAGAGAUAAUUUGUUAGAUUUACUGAGAUUUAGCUUCUCUUUAGGCGACCACAAAGCUACAUCUUUUGUUCUAUGGGCAUUAUCCCUUGAACAUGGCUGCCAAACUUUAGAUGACGAAGUAUCAAAUUUGAUUCAGCACUAUCGAGUGAGUUUUGCUGAUUUUCUCAUGUUGCAUGAUUGUUUAGUACGUGCACACAUGCCUAAAUCCGCAGAAAACAUCAUGCAAACCAUUCAAAAUAAAUCAGAUAUAAUCGGAAAAGUUUCUGAAACAGUAUCUAUCGAAGAUUUAUCACAUAUUAAGGUAGAAGAAGUUGUUUCACAGCUUGAGGAUGUCCUUCAGUCUGUCAUGAAGUGCACACAGAAGGCAGGGGGAGAUGCAAGAAUAAUUGAAAAAGAAAAUUUGGUUGAAAUUCCUGAUUUUCAGCCUUCUUCGCAAUGCUCUAUCUGCGGAAGGAAAUCAGGCAGAGGAAAUGUUUAUUCCUUCCCUUGUGGGCAUUCAUUUGAUGAAAUCUGUUUGAUCAAACAGAUGGAAGAUGUUUUGGAUGGAGAAGAACUUUCGCGAUUGAAAUAUCUCGUGAAGAAUGGUGAUUAUCGAGAAGAAUUUGAAGAUAUUUUGUCACAGGACUGUCCUCUUUGCGGUCUAUUGUCUACAAACUUGAUUAACAAGCCUUUGUCUUGGAAAUCUUACAACUUUGACAUUUAG